ACUAUAAAAAGAAACCCAAAAAUGGUGGAGGGUCUCCAUCAGCUAUUUCUCUUGUGGUUUCAUGAAUUGGAGCUUGAAGAAGGCCAUGAGAGAAAUGGCAUUGCCUUUCUUGGCAUUCUUGUUGUUGCUUCUGCUUCUGCCCAUUUGUAAUGUUGAUGCAACUCAGGCUAACAAUGUUUUCAAUGUAAGAGAUUUCGGAGCCGUCGCCGAUGGCGAAUCGGAUAGUUCUCAGGCCUUACUUGGAGCAUGGGAGAAGGCAUGCACACAAGAGGGGAGACCUAGGGUUUAUGUUCCAAAGGGGGUGUACAUGGUCAAGCCAUUGGUGUUCAAGGGGCCAUGCAAGGGUCAUGUGGUGGUGGUGCAAAUCAAGGGGGUGUUGAAGGCCCCAAAGGAGUUGAGCCUCUUCAAUGAUGAGCAGUGGAUCAAGUUUGAGCAAAUUGAUGGGCUGCUCCUCACAGGGGGUGGUAUGUUUGAUGGGCAAGGUGCAGCAGCCUGGCCUCAAAACAAGUGCCCUCAAAAGAAAGACUGCAAGACUCUCCCCAUUUCCAUAAAAUUUGGGCAUGUGACAAAUGCAACCAUCAGGAGCCUCACAUCCUUGAACAGCAAAUUCUUCCACAUGAUCAUCUUCAAGUGCAGCAACAUCAACCUGCACCACAUCCAGAUCAAAGCCCCAGAAAACAGCCCCAACACCGACGGCAUCCACAUCGGCGGAUCGACGAGGGUCGCCAUCAGAAACUCGAACAUCGCAACCGGCGACGACUGCGUCUCGGUCGGCCCGGGCAACCGGAACAUCUCGAUAUCCAAAGUGUUCUGCGGCCCGGGCCACGGCAUAAGCGUGGGGAGCCUCGGGAAGUACGCGGGCGAGGAAGACGUCUCCGGGCUCCGCGUGAGGAACUGCACCCUGACGGGCACCACAAACGGUGUCCGGAUCAAGACGUGGCAGAGCUCGCCGCGCAGCUCCGCCUCGAACUUCAUGUUCGAGGACAUCUUGAUGCGGGACGUGCGCAAUCCCAUCAUCAUUGAUCAGAAGUACUGUCCUUACGAAUCUUGCGACGCGACGUUCCCCUCAAUGGUUAAGUUGAGCAACAUCAAAUUCAGAAACAUAAGAGGGAUCUCAACAUCAAAGGUUGCAGUUGAGCUCUUAUGCAGCAAAGCUGUGCCAUGCCAAAAUGUGGAGCUGAGAGACAUCAAUUUGAAGUACAUCGAGCACAGCGUGCCGGCGCUGGCUUCGUGCUCCAACGUCGUCGGUGGCGUCUCGAGCGGCCUCGUCGUUCCUCCUCCGUGCAUCUGACUAUUCUUGUUUCAGUUUCAGUCAUCAGCCUUUCAAUUUUGACAAUCUGAUCCCCGACCUCUGCAUUUCGACGUAAACUUCGUUAAAUGGACGGAAAAAAUGAAAUGCGGGACGAUAACUACGAUCCAAAUUGUAAAAAAUGAAUGAUUGAGGACCAAGCAAAAAGUUUGCUAAAAGGGGUGGAGGACUUUGGGGUGCAAUUUACCCCUUCUUGGUGGGUUUAAUGACACAAUGUAAAGUGUAUCCCACAUGUAUACCUAUAGAAGAGCAAAUUCUCAAAUGGUUAAUGUGCAAGAACAAAUGAUUAUUACAA